ACAACAUCCAGCCCAAAUCUUGAUGGGAUGUUAUCUAGUCCAGAUCUUCAGUGGCUUCAGCUGUCCUCUGUACUUUUCCAAUCAGAGACCAACUUGGAAACAUUUUCCUCAUUCGCACCCACCACCGUGUCCAACGGCCCCUGUUUGUCACAGUGCUCCAGUCCUGACCCGUCGUGUAAUGGGGCAGUGGGAGACAGUUCAGUAGGACAUGCUGACAAACAUAUGUCCUCUGAGGAACUUGACAGGAUAAGGAUCCGCAGGGAAAGGAACAGAGUAGCAGCUGCCAGGUGCCGGGACCGCCGUCGGAUGCUUAUAGACACGUUACAGAAUGAGGCGGAUCAUUUGGAACAUGUAAAGACUCAACUGGAGGAAGAGAUCGCUGCUCUGGAAAGGGAGAGAGAGAGGCUGGAGUUGGUUUUUGAGGCACAUAUGCCCAUCUGCAAGUUAAAUGACCUAAACCCAGAAUAAUUACUGAUGCUGGUCGUGUUUAGUGCUGAGUCUGCUGGUUCAGAACAGCUGUGGAUUAUAUAACUUAAUAAGCGUGUAUUUGUUAAAGAAAGCGAAAUGUUAAAAUCUAUUUCAGUGAUACCUUGAGAAUUAUUAUCUUGCAUGCACAAUUGGUUUCACUUGU